AUGUCGUACACUCAGCACCAACAAGCAGAGAUUGACCCAUACAUACAGAUGGAAUGCGAAGAGUCUUGGAAAUUCAACUACCCAGAGCUUCCAGACACAUAUCUCUCAUCGUCUUUCGGCGGUUGUUCACUGGGAACAGAUCAGAUCGGAAAUACAAUUCAGCCGCUUCCACAUUUUCAGGAGACUGACUACCAGCAUGGUCGACAAGUUUCUCAAGGAUUGUCUGAGUUUCAGUACCUUCUACGCAGUCAGGAUCAGACUUUCUUUACGGAUGACAAUAUUGCCCAAGCUGAUUGGAGCUGGCCUGAACCCAGUCAGGUAUGGCUGCGACAAGAUAGCCAUGAGAUGGAGCAGGUUGGGGACACAAUCUUUUUAGAUGACUUGGGAUACCCUAAAUCUGAUGACCGGGAUCAUGGUAUUCAGACAUCCAACAGGAAGGACCAAGUCCAAAAAGGAAAAGUCCAUAUUGUGCAUGUGACUAAACCAGUGCUUACUGAAUGGGUUGAGUGUCAUAAGCCAUGGUCUAUAGGGAACAAGCGCAAAUCAAAAAGAUCGAGUCGCUCUGCAAAAGCUUGUACUGUCAAGCGGGUAUAUGGAACUGAAUUUCUGGACAGCAAUGGGAACACAGUGGAUCACCUAGUCAUGCCAAGUAUCAGGGAUGCAGCUGCUUUCCUUGGAUGGUCCAGAAACACGGUCAAAUCAGCUUUGGGGAAAACAGGUGAUGAGAAAGGUGUUGUGCUUGGGGUCUGGAAAGUUGAGGAACAUGACCCAAAGGCACCAGCUGAGAUUGACUACUCAACAGUACCAGAUGCAGAACUCUCCCUAUAUCAACAAGAAAUUGACAAGGAGCCCAUGUCGCUUCUCCUGUCAUUUAUCAACAGCCCUUCUCGCCAGUCAUGGUCUCACCAGGAAUCCUUGGAUCAGGUCAGACCAGGUGAUACAAGUGAACCCUCCCAGAGCAACCUACUGGGUACUGUCUCAUCAUGGCAGAUCUCUCAGCCUUUGUCAAGUAUUAGAGAUGGGACUCGAGAAAAUACAGCAGCUGUGACACAAUCAACAGGUGAUGCAGAGGAUCUUCUGAAAGACCCUGCUGGUCUGACAUGGCUUACUACAUCACAUAGUACCCCAAGAAAUCACCCCUGUUGUAUGCCACAAUACACAGUACCUGGCAAGACAUCUUCACACAGGGAAAGGGGGAAGAAGCUGUCCACCAGAGGUCACGUUGUCAAUCUAUACCAUGUCUCACAACAAUAUGGGGAGGGAUUUGGCCUUGAAGGGAAGCUUGUGUCCUCUGCUUUCAUAACAACUGAUAGGAGAGUCUCCGCUGUCACUGGUGCUAGCAGUCACUCUUUGGACAAUGCCAAGCUUCACACCAAUAUUGAGUUGGGUGUGUGGAGAAUUAGCUACCUUGGUAAAAUACGCAAAGGAGAGGAUGUGGACCAGGAGAUUUUUGCUGGAGUGGAUCCUGAUUUGGCAAGGUCCAAUCCGACUGGUUCGAUGGGCAUUGAAGGCACAAUUAGCAAUCAGCAGGAAGCUAUGCAGCAUACCACAAGGCAGCCCAUCCCAGCAAUUGUUAGGAAAACAGUACAAAGACAGCAAUAUAGACACUCCAAUAUGACCCGUGCAAAACAAUCAAUGCACUCAGCCAAUGCAAAGCGAUACCGUGUAGAGCAAGCUAAUGGAGAUCUCUUUGAGUAUGACGGACAAUUGGUAGCCUUUGCCAUAAUACGGACUGUUGCUGCUGUGACUGAGUUCCUCAAUUGCCCUAGGAGGACUCUUUACAGAAACUUGAAGGCCAAUGGCAGAAAGAAGGGUAUCGUUAAGGAAGUAUGGAGAGUCAGAGAGUACAAAGAUGGCUCCACUUCUACUUGA